AUGCUAGUCAGAACUUUAAAACACAGCCGCGGUUUUCAGCUCGGACUUUUAGGCGCCAUUUCGGCAUGUGCCUACAGUAUUCACUCAACUCCUGUCAAAAGUGAGGGUACCGCAAAGUCAAAAACAUUUCAAGGACCAGGGUUGUUCUCAUGGAAGACCCUGACCCUUAAGGAUAUAAAAGAUGUCACCCACGAUACGCGCAAAUUCACUUUUAGCUUGCCUUCGCCUGAUGAAGUUGCUGGUUUGAAUCUUGCAUCAUUUCUGCUUUUCAAACCUGCCGGGUCAAUGAAUCCAAGUGGUAUAAGGCCAUACACACCUGUCAGUUCUUUGAACAGUAAGGGCGAAUUGGUACUAGUUGUGAAACACUAUCCUAAGGGAAAAAUGUCAUCUCAUUUGUUCAGCUUGAAAACUGGGGACAAAAUCUCAGCAACUGGUCCUAUUAGGACGUUUGAAUGGAAAGAAAAUCACAAAAGUAGUAUUUUAUUGCUAGGUGCCGGUAGUGGAAUCACUCCCAUGUUCCAGCUAAUCCGUGGAAUCCUGGAAAAUCCUAAAGAUAAAACAAAGAUCAACUUAUUGUACGCAAAUAAGACAUCAUCCGAUAUUAUUUUGAAGAAGGAAUUGGACGAGCUGCAUGGUCGUUUCCCUGAUCAGCUAAACGUAACAUAUUUUGCUGAAAAAUCUGACGGAGGCUUCGAAGGAAAAUCAGGUUUCAUAACGAAAGAAGACUUGAAGCAAUGUGAUGGGUCACAGAGUAGCCAAGUUUUUAUUUGCGGUCCUCCUAAGUUUGUUGAAGUCUACGGUGGUAAACAAGGCCCAUUAAUGUUCCAAGGGCAGCUGGGAGGAUAUUUGAAAGAAUUGGGCUACCAAAAAAGUGAUGUAUUUAAAUUUUAG